AUGUUGUUCACUGAAAUUCCAUUGAAUGGUCAUCCAAGAUCUCAAAUAUGGACUCCCGUUCGCAACGAUACCCCAAGGCACUGUUGCUUUUGUAGAAGUCGCUAUCAUUGCCUCUCGCGUGUUAGACCCCACCCGUCUUCCCAGCGGGAUGCAAAACACAGCCGCCCUACUUCAAACAAUUCAAGACGUACCCAUUACCAAUUUACAAUUCCUUCCUGGCACCGCAUUCAUGGUUGCAGGGUGAUUACUCCGCCGGUGGUGUUUCCGCACUCUCAAUCGUUUUUUUUCACAUUCCACCUUAGUGUUCGCAAUGAGCACACGCUUGUCACGACUGGACCAUACUCGGUCGUCUGCCAUCCAUCCUAUCUGGGAGCGCUUUCGCAGUCCAUCGGGAAUCGGGAAGUUUGUCUUGCACGGAUCGUCGUCAUCAUUGUUUAG